AUAAAUUCUCAUGCCGUCCCUAAAUCCGACGAAGAAGCGGUUUGGGACGGACUGCAGACGCUUUUCCACUCGGAAUACGUCCUGCUGGCCGAGUACAUCGAGGUGGUCUUGCCCAUCUCGUAUGCGAUUUAUUUGUCGACACUCUUUCAUCUUCCCGUGGCAGAAUUUUAUCCAAACACUGCUUCAUUGACGACAGCAAAGCUACGAACGACGCUGGCGAGUAUUUUACACUUCGCGGCUGUCGAAUUGGUCGGAUUUGGAGUCCUGAUUGUCCUGAUGCGGCGCAAGCUGGGCUAUUCCCCACUCCAUCACCUUGCCUUCGUGUUAGAGACACAAAGCGGAACGGUCCAGGGCUAUAUGUUCAUCUGGACGCUGUAUAUUUUGCAUCUCACGCUCGUGCACUACGGU